AUGGCACAAACUCCGGACAACGAUCCAAAUUCCAUGGCUGCAGCGAUCAUUAACAAUAACGGUAUUAAUAAUAACAUUGAGAGUGAUCCUGACUCCUUGUCAACGCAUUCGCGUACAUCAUACGACUUGAAUUAUAAUUCCGAAGAAGAAGAAGAAAAACAACGUUUGAUCAAUCAAGUGUUGACAUUGCAAAAAACUCUUGACGAUCUUUCGCAUCGCGUUGAUAAUGUCAAAGAAGAAAACUUCAAAUUACGUUCAGAAAAUCAAGUUUUAGGACAAUAUAUCGAAAACCUAAUGGCGGCAUCGAAUGUUUUCCAAAUGACAAACAAAUAA